AUGCUGUCCUCCAACAACCAGAACCUGGACAAGCUGGAUGCCUUUUAUCGACUUCCAUUGGCCAAACAGAAGACGAGUGCAGAAAUCAUCAGCGAGGCCCGAAAUGCCUUGAGAACGGUUAGAACCCAAAGGCCAUUUACACCGAGAGAAGACCAAAGGAAGCUCUUUGGUCCUGCCUCAUCGAGAACCCCAGAAAACAGGCCUCCUUCGUCCUUCAGCCUCCAUGCCUCCAGCUUUGAGUUAGCCGAUUCCAAGCCUAUCUCCGGGACUCGUCUCAGGCCGCUUGAGCUGAAACCCAAAGCUCCAGCAUCUCCCAACACAGAGGAGGAUGCCAAUCUCUCCUUCCCCAAAGCUCCAGUGGACCCCGCAAAGAUAAGAAGAAUAAGCGGUGCGCGUGCACGCUUCUACAGGGCUGCCUCCCAGGGAACGCUCCUGCCCGACAGAUCCCCUCCUGCUGCCCACUCAAAGACCACGGUGGAGUCCAGAAACACCGUUAGCAUGGGGAGUGCCACAGCAAAAAGGAACAGGGCUCAUUUAACAGCACCAAGUGCCACCAGCCAUUUAAAGAGCCCCCACUUCUUCCCCUGCGACCAGGGCUUCAGAGAAACCACAGAGCAGGAAGCGUCCCUACAGCCUCAGCUCGGAAGCAGAGGGGAUCCUGGGAAACGGCAUGCCAGGGCCUCCUCGUGUCCUAGCAGCUCAGACCUGAGCAGACAGGAAACCAGAACAGCCUCAAGAGCCAGCUUACAGGAACAGGAGCCAGAGCUAGAAGUAGAUGAGACCUUUUGGAAAACACGGAUCGUUCCAAUUUUGCAUGAAUUAGAGAAGGAAGAAGAUAUUGAAGCCAUGUGUGCGGCCUGCACCCAGCUCCAUCGCGCGCUGGAGGAAGCGCGCAUGCUCGGAAAGAGGUUCAAGAGAAGGAGCGUCCUGCUGAAGGCGCUGUAUAAGCUAGUGGACGCCGGCUCAGACGCGCUCAGCCUGAAGCUCGCGAAGCUUAUCCUAGCACUUAAAGUGAGUGGAAAGAACCUUCUUAACAUCUGCAAACUGGUAUUUAAAAUCAGCAGGAGCGAGAAGAAUGACACCCUGAUGCAGAAGGACAACAUCCUGCAAUCUCUACUGGAGGUACUGAGAGACGAAGACCUGCAAAGUAACGCCGAGGCUUUUCUCUACUGCAUGGGGGCUCUGAAAUUCAUUUCCGGAAGUCCAGGAUUCCUUACCGAGAUGGUCAACAAAGGCGCGGUGGAAAUAUUGGUGCAGUUAAUAAAGGAAACGACUGAGGACACAGAGAAGCAUGGCGCGUGCCCGCCGAAUUCUGGCCACUUGCUAGUGCAGACAACUGCUACCUUGAGAAACUUGGUCGAUUCACCACUGACAAGGAGCAAACUCCUGAACAUCGGGGCCUUUCCCCAUCUCUGCACAGUGAUGGAACAGCACAUGAACGACAAGGACAUCUGUACCAACAUCGCCAGAGUCUUUAGCAAACUAACCUCUUACCGUGACUGCUGUGCGGCCCUGGUCAGCUAUUCCAGAUGUUACGCCUUGUUUCUAAGUCUAUUGAACAAAUACCAGAAGAACCAGGACUUAGUAAUUCGAAUUGUUUUUAUCCUUGGCAACCUGACAGCGAAAAGUAACCAGGCCCGGGAACUGUUCUCCGGAGAGAGUGGGAGCGUGGAAACUCUGCUCACACUGUUCCAGAACUUCUACCGACUUGAGGAGAGCUCACCAAAGCUGCGGCGUCCAGGAGCCAGGCCACAGGCAGAGGCCGAGGACGUGCUGGUCAAGCUGACCCGUGUCCUCGCCAACAUAGCCAUUCACCCUCGCAUCGGCCCAGUGCUGGCCGCCAACCCUCGGGUGGUGGGCCUGUUGCUGACAACCCUGGAAUCGAAGUCACUGGGCGACUGUGAGGAGCUGGUGAUCAACACCACAGCAGCCAUCAACAAUCUGUCCUUUUACCAAGUGAAGAGCUCUGUCCUGCAACACAAAAAGCUGUAUGUUGCUGAAUUGCUCUUAAAGCUCCUUGUGAGCAACAACAUGGAUGGGAUCCUGGAGGCUGUGCGUGUCUUUGGAAAUCUCUCCCAGGACCAUGACGUCUGCAAUUUCCUCAUGCAGAAAAAUGUACACAAGUUCUUGAUGACAUUGCUGGAAGCCAAGCACCAAGACAUUUGCUUCUCUGCCUGCGGGGUCCUCCUGAAUCUCACGGUGGAUAAGGAUAAGCGAGCGGUGCUCAAAGAAGGCGGUGGCAUUAAAAAGUUAGUGAAUUGUUUGAGAGAUUUCGGUCCUGGUGACUGGCAGCUGGCCUGCCUGGUGUGCAAGACCUUGUGGAACUUCAGUGAAAACAUCACCAACGCUUCCGAGUGUUUUGGAGAUGACGUCACCAACACGCUCCUCAUCCUCUUGUCGACGUUUUUAGAUGAAGAACUAGCCCUGGAUGGCAGUUUUGAUCAAGACUUAAAAAGUUACCACAGACUCCACUGGGAGACGGAAUUCAAGCCCGUGGCACAGGAACUUCUAAAGCGCAUCCAGAGUCACCACUCGCUCCUGGAGCCCCUGCCCGUCCCUUCUUUCUAACAUGACACACUCAAGGCAGAACGGGGAGGUCAGAUCUCCCUCCUUCUCGGGAAAUGGUAAAAGCACGAAAGCUUUUCAGUAUUCACACACGUCGAGCGUUUUUAAAGUACUGAUUUUAGCGAGUAGCCUAAGUAUUUUGAAAGAAAUAAGCAUUUCUUUUUCUAGGAAUUUCAGAAAACAGAUAUAUAUAUAUAUAUUUUCUGCUAUGCGAGGUAUGAGAUGGAAAUAUAUGCAUUUCUAAGA